UCCGAGUAUGGGUUGGACGGCAACCUGAUACGCGCACUGAAGUCUUUGUAUAAGGGUUCUAGUGCGUGUGUCAGAGUUAAUGGCGCUCUGUCUUCCUGGUUCGACAUCUCUGUUGGUGUCAGGCAGGGAUGCGUGGCGUCACCAUGGCUGUUUAAUUUAUUCAUGGAUAGUUGUCUGAAUGAAUUGAAAGAAUCUGUGAGUGGGGUAAGAAUGGGGGAGUUGCUUCUGAAGUGCCUCCUGUAUGCUGAUGAUCAAGUUCUUGUAGCAUCAUCGGCGGAGGAUCUUCAGUACAUGGUAUCUCUAAUGGUAGAUGAAUUACAAAAGAAGGGUAUGAGAGUGAAUGUUAAUAAGACGAAAGUUUUGGUGAUGGAAAGAGAAGAAAAUGUGUCUGAGUGUAGAAUUAUGAUUGGGAAUGAAAUGGUAGAACAAGUGAAUGAAUUUGUGUAUUUGGGUACUAUGUUUACAAGGGAUGGUAAAUGUGAUGAAGAUAUAGAAAGGAGAGUGAGAUUGGGUAAUUCAGUGAAUGGGGCAAUGCACGCAGUUGUUAGUAGCCAAUGUAUCUCGCAAGAUGCGAGGAUGGCUGUUCACAAUGCAGUGCUUGUCCCUACGCUGAAGUACGGUAGUGAAUGUUGGGUAUGGCAGAAGAAGCAUGAAAGUAGGAUCAAUGCCGUAGAAAUGAGGUCUUUGCGUAGCAUCUGCGGUGUGAAGUUGAGUGAUAGAGUGAGAAACAGUGUGAUAAGACAGAGAUGUGGUGUAAAAGACGAUAUAGUGACUAGGAUUGAGAAGGGAAUGUUAGGUUGGUUUGGACACGUAGAGCGGAUGAAGGAUAAUAGAAUUGCAAAAGCGGCAUAUAAAGCGAAAGUUGAUGGUAGGGCUGGCAGAGGAAGACCGAGAAGGACUUACGAUGACCAAAUUGGAGAUGUCCUUAGAAAAGGUUCAAUACGAUCUACUCUGAACCGGCGUGCGUGUAUGAAGCGAUUGAUGAAUGUGGAGGAAGCAAGAGAAGUGUGUCAGGAUCGAAGCAAAUGGAAUUCUAUAGUCUCUGCUUACCCCGGUGGGAAAUAGG